CUUACCCGGAGUCCUCACUUCCGGCAGCGCCAGAUAAGUCCCAGAACUGCGGGGAGACUUAACUGAGGAUUGGGGUAGUUGUUUAUGUUUGUUUGUUUUUCUGAUUGAAGCGCCCCCUCCGGCUAGUAACCCUUCUCUCUCUUCUGGGUCAGUUUAAGAAUGGUCCGUAGUGGCAAAAAUAGUGGUCUUCAUUUAAAGCAGAUUGCGUAUUACAAGCGAACAGGUGAAUAUCAUCCAACUACAUUGCCAAGUGAGAGAAGUGGAAUAAGGAGAGCAGCAAAAAAAUUUGAAUUCAAAGAGAAAAAGCUAUUCUAUAUUGGAAAGGACAAAAAACAAAAUCGUUUAGUAAUUAUCUCAGAAGAAGAGAAGAACAAAGUCCUAAGAGAAUGCCAUGAAAACAACACUGGAGCUCAUCACGGCAUAUCCAGAACCCUUACUCUAGUAGAAUCUGGUUACUAUUGGACAUCUGUGACCAAUGAUGUCAAACAGUGGGUAUAUUCUUGUCAGCAUUGUCAAGUGGCAAAAAACUCAACUGUCUUAACACGCAGAUAUCAGCCUCUUAAAGUGGAAGAACCAUGGAGUGUUGUUACUGUAGAUUUGAUGGGACCUUUUCUUUCUAGCACCAGAAGCCAUAUGUACGCCAUAAUUAUUACCGAUUUGUUCACAAAAUGGAUUGUGAUUUUGCCUCUCCGUGAUGUUUCUGCAUCUGAAAUUUCUAAAGCAAUUAUUAGUAUAUUUUUCUUAUAUGGUCCCCCUCAGAAAAUAGUGAUGGAUCAAGGAGAUGAAUUUAUUCAUCAGAUUAAUGGAGAACUCUUUGGACUUUUUGGUACAAAGCAAAUGGUCAGUUUCUACCCAUCUCAACCAGAUGAUGUAAAUGAAAGAACUGCAAACACAAUUAAAAUUUUUCUUUCAAAAUACUGCCUCGACCACCCAAAUGAUUGGGAUGACCAUCUACUAGCUAUUUCUUAUGCCUUCAAUUUGACUCAUUUAGAACCUUCAAAAAAUACACCAUACUUCCAAAUGUUUAAUCGAAAUCCAGAUGAACUUGGAGCUUCAGAUGUGUUUCAUAAAGGAGAAGGUAGUGAUAGCAUAUGCAUGUUUGCCAAAAUUUUACGUGCAGUUAAAGACGCUGAUAAAAUAAUGGUGGACAAGACAACAUCAUCAUGCCAAAUACAGUUGGAUAAUCCCAUUCAUGAUGAAACACAAAGUAAAAACAAAAUUAUCAUUAAAAGGAGACCAAAACAACAGAAUCCAUUUCACCUUAAAGUUGGACAUGAAGUUCUACGACAAAGGAAAAAUUGGUGGAAGAAUGGACGUUUUCAUUCAGAAUGGGUUGGUCCUUGUGUCAUAGAUUACAUUACAGAAAAGGGAUGUGCUGUCCUAAGAGACAACACAGGUACCAGACUUAAGAGACCCAUCAAAAUGUCACACCUUAAACCUUAUAUAAGAGAUUCUGGUGAACAAGAUAACCAUUAUCAUUUGCAUGAUUCAAUAGUGGCUGAUCAUGACUAUGUUGGUUUACCUGAAAUUCCAAUUGGAUCAUACCAGCCAGAAAUUCUUGUAGAAGAUGCAACUAUUUGUGCAGCAGAUGACAAAUUACUUGUACCAAGCAAGGAUCAUGGACUAUCAGAAAGCAAAAAUUCUAAAAUUUCUCAACUAUUUGAAGAUCCUGGCAUUCAACCUGUCAACUUAAAUCUUGAAAAACAGACUUUUAGUCUGUUGGAUUCUUCAAACCAAGGCCUUGAUUAUUUAAAUUAGAUUCAUAACUCUUUUAUAAUGCUUUUACUACAUUAGACAAAAAAAAAGGAUGUUAACAUUAACUCCUGAAAUAGUUUAAACUAUUUAUUUAAUAAAAUAUGUAUAUAUGUAAUGUGUGUGUGUGCACAUGUGUAUAUAUGUACACAUAUAAAACACAUAAUUAUACUAUAUGUAAAAAUGAUAAAUGUAUUUAAGAUAAAUAUUAUGAAAAAUGUAUUUUUCCCAAAAGAAGUAGAGGGUGUGUGUUUAAAACCCCUUCACUUUAAUAAAAGAAAAUUAAAUUCUAGCUUAA